GUCCUUAGUUGUGACUGAAGGCCGCUGUAGCGGCGCUCCUCAGCAGCUCGGCGCUCCGUUUGGGCGCUGCGGCGGCGCGCGCUGAGGGGCGGCCGUUGCUCCCUCACGGAGUCAGCCCGGCCCGGCACGGCGGGAGGCGGCUCCUCCUCGGGGCGCCCGGCAGCAUCCCCGGCCGGAAGAGGAAGGCCGCCGGGCGCCGAAGAGAGCCGGGGAGGAGCCGCCGCCCGCAGCAUCCCUAGGGACGGCUCUCGGCGGGCGGAGGAGCGGAUCAGAGCACUUGGGAACAUGGCUCUGAGAGAGAGAGAAGCCAGCAGCAGCUCCGCUGAUGACAAGCAAGAGCAGAACUGCAGUCGUGUUAUUACGAUCGUCUUCCUGGCACUCCUCAUUGACUUGUUGGGAUUUGCUCUCAUCUUGCCAUUGUUUCCUUCCAUCCUUGAUUAUUACAGCCAGACUGAGGAUGGAUUCUAUUUGUCAUUGCAACGUGGUGUGGACUGGUUUGCAGCAAUGGUUGGAAUGCCUCCCGAGAGGAAAUACAACAGUGUCUUGUUUGGAGGUCUGAUUGGCUCAAUGUUUUCCAUCCUCCAGUUUUUCUCCUCUCCCCUCACUGGAGCUGUAUCAGACUGCUUGGGCAGAAGGCCAGUCAUCUUGAUGACAGCGAUGGGUUUGAUAGCAUCUUAUGCACUAUGGGCUGCAUCUCGGUCUUUCGGCGUUUUUCUUCUGUCCAGAAUGAUAGGUGGAAUAAGCAAAGGGAAUGUCAGCCUCUGCACAGCCAUAAUAGCUGACUUGGGCUCUCCAAAAGCACGGAGCAAGGGCAUGGCAAUGAUUGGUGUUGCUUUCUCCCUUGGUUUUACCCUGGGUCCCAUGAUUGGAGCUUAUCUAGCCAUGGAGACAGAAAAAGGAGAAGUCUUCUAUCUCCGUUCAGCACUAUUAGCACUCACGUUUGCUGCAGCUGACUUGAUUUUCAUCUUCUUCCUGCUUCCAGAGACACUUCCCAAAGAAAAACGGGUCUCCUCUGUGACAACCGGGUUUCAGGCAGCAGCUGACCUGCUCAGUCCUUUGGCUUUAUUUCAGUUCUCUGCAGUCACCCAAGGAAAGGAGGCCCCUUCAGAUCAGAAUCUUCAGAACCUCAAAAUCUUGGGCCUGGCUUACUUCCUGUACCUCUUCCUGUUUUCUGGAUUGGAGUAUACGCUGAGUUUUCUUACUCACCAGCGAUUCCAGUUCAGCAGUAUGCAGCAGGGCAAGAUGUUUUUCUUUAUUGGAAUAACAAUGGCUGUGAUCCAGGGAGGCUAUGCUCGCCGAAUAAAGCCAGGAAAUGAAAUCAGAGCCGUAAAAAGGGCCAUUUUGUUGUUGAUUCCAGCAUUCCUGUUAAUUGGAUGGGCUGCAAAUGUGACCCUGCUGAGCGCUGGACUGUUGCUGUACUCGUUUGCUGCUGCCAUUGUUAUCCCGUGUUUGUCUGCAGUGGUUUCAGGCUACGGUUCUGCCAGCCAAAAAGGAAGAGUCAUGGGGAUCCUGAGGAGCCUGGGGGCCCUUGCGAGGGCGCUGGGACCUGUCCUGUCAGCCACGGUUUACUGGCUGGCAGGGGCAGAGAGUUGCUUCACCAUCUGUGGAGCUUUUUUCCUCAUCCCCUUCAUUUUACUCGGUUCUAUCAAACAGCAGACAAAGGAGGAGUAGGCAAAGGCAAGAAGAAACCAGAGCUAUCACCAGUUUCCAAGGACCUCCCCACCGCCCGAUUCUCACCACCUGAGUCCACUGACCAAACUGGGAGAAGAGGAUGUUGUGGAAAGCAAGGUGCAACGACCACAUGCAGUAACAGCGGGCUGCAGAUCUCUUAUGGCCUCCACAAACACUUCAGCUGACAGCCUCACAACUGCCUUGGCCAGUUUUGAAAAUGAAACCAAAAAAAAGAAAACAAAACAUGCUGCAGUUUAGUAAAGCAUGAAGACCAUCAGAUGAGGCUUGGCAAGCUGAGACCGGCCUUACGGCAGCGCUGCUGCACACCGUGCCCCAAUACGACAGCUGGACAUCAAGUGCUGCUGCCACCACACUGCAGCCUAAGGAGCUGCUCUCUGUGCAUCUCCUUUGCCAUCAGCACAAGCCUGGUGAACCCCACUGCCCAAAGCCUCCACAAAGAGGAUUCUUCUGCCUCCAGCUAGCAGAGAACAAAUGCACAGGAGCUGUCUGACAGACACGGGACGCUGCACCGCCAGUGAUGAGAGCCGCACAAGUUAUCUGUCAGUGGAGCUGGUAAGAGCUGUAUCAACUGCCUUAAAACCUGACAACCAAAAAGAUGAGCAAGCAGCACGCUCCAGGCUUCCUGAGCCUGCCUGGUACUUUGGUCUUCAAUGGAUUGUUUUUACUACACUUAAAAUUAAAUUGAGCUGUUUUAUAUUUCUGGUACUGCAUGUUUUUUGAUGACCAACCACUGUUCGUUUGCAUUACAAAUAAACUGUUACAUUGUGCACUCAUCCAGUCAGUAAUCAGUGCAAACCCAACACUGCUACUAUGAUUUGGCACAGCAAAACUGGAGUCCAGGAGCCCUCAGCAGGGACCACAACCCUCCAGCAGCCAACAGUGCUUCCAGCAGGGCUGGGGCAGGUUCAGCAGAGGUUGUGCUGGAAGGCCAGGGGAGGGAAGGGGUUUAGGGGAAGGCGAAGGACCCCUCCACCUUCUCACAACACCCACCUUCUAUUUGAGCUCAGCUGCUUCUGCUUUUUAGGGACCAGUUCCUGCCAACUGCUCAGGUAGAAUGCCUGGGAAGGAAGCCCUGCAGGAGCAAGUUUAAGUAUUGUUUCCAAGAAUACAUUAAAUCAUUGAUAAAUGACUAACAGAAAAUGGAGCUAAUUAAUUAAAUGUUCAGGUUUACAGCUGUAGAACAGUAGAAGUUUUGAAAGCAAAUAGGAAUGUGCUUUUUUUAAAGAGUUUUAUUUGUGAGUAGAACUUAAUUGAUACAAGAAAAAGAAAAAUACAGGACUUUAAUUUGCCCCAGAGUGUGUAACCAUACCAUACAUGACUACAUUUCAUUUGUAAUACAAAGAAUUAAAAGAACAAACUACAAAAUUUGAAAUUAAAAGUCAUUGCAUAUGUGGUCAAAGAUAAAUGGAGGGACUCCAUUACUGAACUGAAACAUAGAGCAAUUAGUAAUUUAAUUACGACCCUGCAAUAAAACACAAUUUAGCAAAAUAA